AAUUUGCUAGAAUGCGUUACGACAUUGUUGACAACUGCGUGUCCUACGCCUGACGCCUAAACUUUCUCACGGCCUUCUCAUUUAUCUAAGAUGAACCGAAUAUGAGUGUUUUUGAUUUAUUUCGCGGCUUCUUCGGGGUUCCCGGAGGACAGUACCGUGGCGACGGCCGAAGGGACCCAUUUUUCGAUGGCAUGACCCACGAUGAUGAUGAUGAUGAUGAUGACGAUGCCUACCAGGAGGAUGGAUUCCCCCAGGAUGGUUACUGCGGAGACCAGCGUGAACCCUUUGAUAACGCGUUGAGGUUCGGUUUCAGUUUUGGACCCAAUGGUAUGAGAAUCGAUGAGCCUCCUCUUUUUGGUCACGUCCUCAGAGGGAUGGAGGAAAUCUUCUCUCACCUGAGUCGGUUCGAGGAACAGCAUGGAACCGGCCCCUUCGAUAUCCCAAGAAUCAUGCCCCCAUCGCAUGAGGGGUCAGACAACAACGGGCAGAGAUCCUCCAGUGGCAAUGCCCUGAGGGACUCCAUGCUGAAAUCACAGGAGGACGCCAUACAGAGACACCGGGCCCCCGCAGUGCCGCCCAGGGAUGAGGACACACCAAGCCUCCCCAGCUCUCCUUUUCAUGGCUGGAGCCCCUUUCCUAAAUUCAAUGACAUCUGGACGCAGGGGCCAAAGGGAAGGCCAGAGGGGCGUAGGGAAGAUGGAGAUCUGGAUUCUGCAGUUUCCUCUGGCGGCCUGGAUAAGAUUCUUACCCCGCGUCCUUCCGAGACGCCCAGCCAACCAAGGUCUAGGUCUUACUUUCAGUCGGUCAUCGUCAGCAAGGUGGUGAAACCGGACGGGUCGGUGGAGGAGAGGCGCACCGUCAGGGACGGCCAAGGGAACGAGGAGACCACCGUGACCCGCUCAGGAGCCCAAGGGAGCCCAGCGGCCCCCACUAAAGGAGACGGACCCCUGGGGCCCGGCGGUGGACAGCUGUUCUCGGACCUGCGGGACGAUGGCUCCAUGUUCCCAAGGUUCUUCGGCGGUUUCAAAUAAACUGGAAACGAUAAGGGAAGAUGAAACUUUGUGUUCGUUCAACCGGCUGCGACAGUCUUCUUGUUAUUGUAGGCUGAUAUUUUAUAUUUUUCUGUUGUGUGUGUGUGUGUGUGUGUGUGUGUGUGUGUGUGUGUACAUAUGAAGUUGGGUGAAUGCAAUGGCUGGGAAACUUCCACACUAUUAAUGAUUAUAUGGGUUAUUGGGUGAGCUGGCACUGCCAAAAGAAACGCCUUGCCAUUACGAGCCAGUUUAAUAAAUAUGAAUGAUUUAAAACAACAG